CACCCCUCCUAGCUCGCGCAGGGUUCUCCGAGCCUCUCCGGGUCCCGGACCCCUGCCCCACGUCCCCAGAGCGGCCCUGGGCAGGUCCCCUCGAGCCCCGCGGGCAUGCUCAGGCUCCUGGCGCUGCUGUUCCCGCUGCUGCCGCCGCCCGCGCGCGCCCGGGAGCUCUCCGCGCAGGACGUGAGCCUGGGAGUGGACUGGCUGACCCGCUAUGGCUAUCUGCCACCACCCCACCCUGCCCAAGCCCAGCUGCAGAGCCCUGAAAAGCUGAGGGAUGCUAUCAAGGUCAUGCAGAGGUUUGCCGGGCUGCCUGAGACAGGCCUCCUGGACCCAGCGACGAUGGCCACUAUGCAGAGGCCCCGCUGCUCCCUGCCCGACGUGCUGGGGGUGGCGGAGCUGGUCAGGCGCCGUCGCCGGUACGCUCUGAGCGGCAGCACGUGGAGGAAGCGAACCCUGACGUGGAGGGUACGCUCCUUCCCGCAGAGCUCAGCACUGACCCAGGAGACGGUGCGGACCCUCAUGCACCAUGCCCUGACCACCUGGGGCAUUGAGUCAGGCCUCAAAUUCCAGGAGCUGGUUUCUCAGGACCCAACAGAGCCUGACAUCCUCAUCGACUUUGCCCGGGCAUACCACCAGGACAGUUACCCCUUCGACGGGCAGGGAGGUACCCUAGCCCAUGCCUUCUUCCCCGGGGAACACCCCAUCUCUGGGGACACUCACUUUGAUGACGAGGAGACAUGGACUUAUGGGUCAAAAGAUGGUGAGGGGACUGACCUGUUUGCUGUGGCUGUCCAUGAGUUUGGCCACGCCCUGGGCCUGGGCCACUCCUCAGCACCCAACUCAAUUAUGAGGCCCUUUUACCAGGGCCCCGUGGGCGACCCCCACAAGUACCGCUUGUCCCAGGAUGACCGUGAAGGCCUGCAGCAGCUCUACGGGAAGGUGCCCCAAACCCCAUAUGACAAGCCCACAAGGAAACCCCUGGCUCCUCCUCCCCCGCCCCCUGCCGUGCCCCCGGACAGCCCCUCUCUUCCCAUCCCUGACCGAUGUGAUGGCAAUUUUGACGCUAUCGCUAACAUCCGUGGUGAAAUCUUCUUCUUCAAAGGCCCCUGGUUCUGGCGCCUGCAGCCCUCGGGACAGCUGGUGUCCCCCCGGCCCGCCCGGCUCCACCGCUUCUGGGAGGGGCUGCCCGCCCAGGUCAAGGUCGUCCAGGCCGCCUACGCCCGGCAUCCGGACGGCCGCAUCCUCCUCUUCAGCGGCCCCCAGUUCUGGGUGUUCCAGGACCGGCAGCUGGAGGGCGCCCCGCGGCCGCUCACGGAGCUGGGGCUGCCGGCGGGAGAGGAGGUGGACGCCGUGUUCUCGUGGCCGCUGAACGGGAAGACCUACCUGAUCCGGGGCCAGCGCUACUGGCGCUACGACGAGGCGGCGGCGCGCCCGGACCCCGGCUACCCCCGCGACCUGAGUCUCUGGGAAGGGGCGCCUCACGCCCCGGACGACGUCACCGUCAGCAACACAGGUGACACCUACUUCUUCAAGGGCGCCCACUACUGGCGCUUCCCCAAGGGCAGCGUCAAGGCCGAUCGCGAGGCCCCUCAACCCAUGGGCCCCAAGUGGCUGGACUGCCCGGCCCCCAGCGCUGGCCCACGCGCCCCCAGGCCCCCCAGAGCGACCCUGGAACCUGGGACCUGCGAUUGUUCGUGCGAGAUCAAUCACGCCUCAGGGCGGCCGUCGCUGUCCUUCCUGCUGUCCCUUCUGGCCGUGCUGGUGGGGGGCGUCGCCUCCCGUUAAGGGGGACGGGUCUCCCACCGCGGGUCUGGGUGUGUGUGUGUGUGUGUGUGUGUAUGGGGGGGGUGUCGUCCUGAGUUGCUGCGGAGGCACACCCUCUGUUCCCAGGGGCGGGACUCUGCGGGGACGCAGCUGGGAGCAUGUGGGUGGAGCUAAGCCCUGGGGACCGGGGACAAAUGGCUGGCGCUUAGACUGGACCAGUCCUGUGCUCAGCGUCGCCUCCCCCGCCUGCACCCGCGCGGUUGCGGUGGCGCGCUUCUACCGCAGGACGCUCCUUUUCUCGGAAGAGCUGGUGUUUCUUGAGCACGGCAGCCGACUGCAGCCCUGCCCCCGCCGGGCAACAGCGGCUCCCAGUAGCAGCUCUGGGCUGUUCUGGCUUUAGAGGAAUGGCAUGACUGGGCAACUGAACCCCAGCCUCUAUCUCCACCCGUUGCUCCGAGUUUCCCAGGACUGUCCCACCCUGUCCCGCUUCCAAGACGUCCUCAAUGCCACAGGGAUUGGGGGCCGCAGACCCAGCCCUGAAACUACCCCUGAGCACCCGUGGGUGUGUCCCACGUCUUGGGUGACAUCAGUGGCCACCCAGACGACCCUCCACAACCUAAGCCCCGUGGACCUACUUUCUGGUGCCACUCUGGACCCAGUGCUGUGUCCGUUCAACAGAACACCUUCCUAUCCCUACAAGUCCCCUCAGUGCCUCCACACUGGAGGGCCUGCCGCUUCCCUCAAGGAGAGCUCCUGGACUCUCCUCAGCUCCAUGCGGUGGGAAGACCGUGGACUCAGCCAUGGCUUCCUCAGCACCCCUGGGUGAUGAGUGGGUGGGCCACCUCAUUCACCCACCCCACCGCCCGCUCCCCUCAGAAUGCAGGAUCUAAAUCAGUGCCUCUGGAACUAUACUUCUGGAAUAUUCCACAUUAGAAUCACCUAGGGAACUUAAAAAUGCAGACCUCACGCCCUCACCCUGAAUGCAAGAGUCUGCAUCUGAGUAAGCUUGAGGGGUGGGCACGGGAGCUGGGACAGCAGCUGUCCCCCCCGCCUUGUGGUUUUCCUGUGUCUCUGCCAUGUUCUUCCUCCUAGGGGCCAACCUCUUCAUGUUCUCGGUAGAGUCAAGUUGAUGUCGCUGGUCUAUGGGUGGAGCCACUUAGCGACCAUUUCUUGGGUUGCCAUCCAGCCCACAGGGCUGGCUUGGGCGGGGGCCGCGGGCGAAGUCCCAGCAUGCCGGGAGGUUGCCUGCCAUCAGUGGGUCACAACAAGCUGACCAGUAGGAGGGCAACAACAAGAGGUCUUCAACCAGUCCAUGACUGGGAAUCCUAAGCCGCCAGAAAACCAGAAAUCUGGGCCUCUGUCAGGAUCCUUUCAGAAUAUGUGGAGGAGGAAACUUGUAUUUUAAAAGCUUAUGAGCCCCAUACAGGAGGACAAGGAAAAUAAUUGGAGAGAAAGCCCUUCGUUGCUUCUGUGCACAGAUGGACCUGGGGUGAGUUUGGCUGCAGGAACUUGAUAGACCUGAAUCGCUCUGUUUUGUAGAAGAAUUUGGGGUUCAGAGUUGAUGGGCAGUGGGGUGGCAGAUGGAGAGAGAAUGAGUGUGAGAAGGAAGGAGAGAGAGGAACCCAAAAGUCGGCUAGGGGAGCUCAAAGGAGGAGUGUCCAAGGUGAAAUCUGUGGCUACUACCAUGCUCUGUGGAAACUUCUCAAGCCUUUAAAAAUAUAUUAAGUAUACUAUGGAAAAA